AUGGACAAGAGGUCCGGCGCCGGGUUCUGCUCCAAGUCGACGUCUGGCUCGGGGUUCUUCCGCAUGAGGAUGAAGCUGAUGUCAGUACCACCUCAGAGCAGUGACCGCGACGAGGUGGACUUCGAGUUCCUGGGCAACGUGGACGGCCAGCCCAUCACCCUCCAGACCAACGUCUUCGUCAACGGCCACGGCAACAGGGAGCAGAGGCUGAAGCUGUGGUUCGACCCGGCAGCCGACUUCCACGAGUACAAGAUACUCUGGAACCCUCACCAGCUCGUGACAUUUGUGGACGAUGUGCCGAUACGGGUGCUCAGGAACCUGACGGGCCGUGUGCCGGAGUACGAGUUCCCGGCGAAGCGGAUUGGCGUCUGGGCGAGCCUGUGGAACGGUUCCGAAUGGGCGACGGACCGCGGCAGGAUCAAGAUCGACUGGAACCGCGCGCCGUUCACCGCGGGGUACCAGGGCUUCGGUGUCGACGCCUGCGCCAACACCAGCUCGACGCCGUGCCACUCGAGGAACUGGUGGUGGAACGCCCACCGGUACAGGAGGCUGUCCGCCCGGCAGCGUGCGGCCUACGAGAACGUCAAGAAGACGUACGUGUACUACGACUACUGCGCCGACAAAGAUCGGUUCAAGAACACCACAAUGCCGGUUGAGUGCAGCCACAGUAGCUACUUAGCCUACUAG